AGCUGUGUUCAGACUCUCCGUUCAGUGCCUGCAUUCCUCCCCUCGUCAAAGCCUGCUUUAAAGGAGAAAAAAAUCAUAAAUAAUAACUCAAACGGACUGGACUAAACCAAAAAGGAGACCUAGUGGAUUUAUGACGGAACUCGAGUCCCACACGGAAAUACACGCGCAGGAGAAACUGGUGAAGCCUUUUUGAUGAUUUUCGGGGUUUUUAAAUUUCGUAUAAACAGACGAGCAAAGGAAAAGGGGGUUGAAAAAUAAACAUAAACGUUGCUUUUUUCCAUUUAAAGAGGAAAACAAGAUGGCUGAUGACAGCAACCGAUAACAAGGGCAAAACGACGCUGUCCCCUUUAAGACCAAAAAAGGGUAUAAAUUAUUUUUAUACAAGUUAAACAUUAAAAAUUGGACACUUUAAAUUUCGUUAUUGGUGUUUCUGAUUGUACUGUCAGAAAGGUAUCUCCCUUGGAGGGAAAAGAGGGUAAGAUGAUAAAUCACUGUCUCUCGGAGAAUUAUUUCACGUAGUUAAAUGAAGACAGGUAAUUGUGGUAGCUAGGUGAGGUGCGAACGGGCUGCCAGAACGGAGCGCAAGGGGGCCGGAUAGAGGAAAAUAACAUCGCUUAUCUGUGCUGUUAAUAGGUUUCCUUGAACACGGUAUCAGGCCCUCUGUUCAUUUAUGUAUAUAAAUUAUCACGCUGGCCAGCGUCAUUAAAGAAAAAAAAGUGACUUCCCUUAUACCGGGGGAACCGAAAACAUCUAUAAAUAAACAGAUAAUGCAGUAUGUAACAGACUAUCGACUUCCGAUUAAUAUAUUCUAAAUGUUUAUUUUUUGAAUCAGAUACUUUUAUAAAUAAUGCUAAGAAACAAUAAGCAGCAAACGGCAGAGGCCUUGUGUACAGAUCGAUUUUUUAUGUGAUCUGAUAUUUUAACGUUAUAUUUUGAAAUAUAAAGCUGUACUGUAGCUAGUCAUUACUGGGAAUUCUAGCCCCGUUGAUGCUGCUGCGUGAUAUAAUAUAUUAAGGGCUAAAGGUACUUUUCUAAGGUCAUACGUCUCCGAUUAAAACCUAAAAAUACCUGUUUUUUUUUUUGUAUUUGUUCGACAUAUAAGAAGCCGUCGCAAGAUUAUUCGGAAUUACUGCGGCUAUGCUUAAAUAAGGCCAUUUAUCAAGCGUGUAAACUGACGAUAAAGAACUAACUAUGCAUUUUGCGACAAUGUGCCCAGUUUACUUCGCAGCAUUGUUAUAAAUAAGAAUGACAGGGAUUACUGAUACAUAGUUACGGGCUGAGCCAGGAGAAAAAAAAAUAUGUGGGGGUUGGUGUCAUCAGUAUUCAUGUAGCUAAGGUUAAUUCCGAUUCGUUUGCGCUAAACGUAAUUGUUGCAUCGUAAUGAGCUAAUUCUAGAUUAUUCUGAAUUCCAUAGCUGUUCCGCCGACAAACAGGGAUUUCUGGAUUUUUUUUUACUUUGAUGGUGUUUGUUUCCGAGCGAGAUGUCGACGUCCUGGGUAGCCAAGUGCUCGGGAAAAGGGAGGUAGCUGGCUAGCUCGUAGCCAAAAUCCAAAAAUCGGAUCACGGAAAUUUUGGAAUGUUUGUUGUUCUCAUCAAAGGCAUAGCCUGCACGUAUUUUAAACCAAUGAAUAUCCGCCUGCUCUUUUUUCAUCGGUUAGUGUGCCUUGCUAGCACGUAUGUAGCUUAAAAAACUGUUCGGAUGCCUGCGCUGCAUUGUACUUCGUCACAGUUGGGAUUCAUUCGAGAAAAAAAAAAUUCCUAGCCUUUGCUGAAAGCGUUUGAUCUGGGCACAGGAGCAACGUCUCAUGAGUACAGGAAACGUUAAAUAAAUACUGUCUCGUCACAAAAGCACAUAAAUUAAUAUCGGAGACAAGUGAAGCUUCUAGAUUUCGUUUUUCUGUUGUGGAAUCCGAUUCCAUCGACCUCGGGAGAGUGGAAGAAGAGCCCAGUGGCUUCAUGUGGAACCGUUUCAGCCUUCUUAAAUGGACUUCUGAGCAUUUGACUGGGUAGCUAGCCAGAUCAUUUUUAAAUACACAGGAUAAAAACCAGAAUUUCUGUUGGACUACAAGCCGUCCUGAUACACUGUCGAUUCAUGCAAAAGUGGAACUUUAUAUAACGACAGUCGAAAGAGAGGAGGUAUUUUCUUGUUUAAAAACAUUUUUCACUAGAGGAAAUUCUGUACGAUAAUUAAUGCUAAAUUUAGCCGGAAGUUUCACUGAAGAGUUGCGAUGGCUGAAAACUGGAAAAAUUGCUUCGAGGAGGAGCUCAUCUGCCCGAUCUGUUUGCACGUAUUCGCGGAGCCCAUCCAGCUGCCUUGCAAACACAACUUUUGUCGCGGAUGCAUCAGCGAGGCCUGGUCGAAAGAUACGGGUAUGGUGCGGUGCCCGGAGUGCAACCACGCCUACAACCAGAAACCAAGUUUGGAGAAGAACCACAAGUUGUCGAACAUCGUGGAGAAAUUCAACGCGCUGAACGUGGAGAAAACGCCCGCGGUGUUGCAAUGCAUCCUUUGCCGGCGCGGGCCUCCGCUCCCCGCGCAGAAAGUUUGCCUCCGCUGCAAUGCACCUUGCUGCCAGUCGCACGUCCAGACGCACCUCCAGCAGCCUUCCUCCAAUCCGGGGCACUUGUUAGUCGAGGCCGAGGACGUGCGGGCCUGGAGCUGCCCGCAGCACGACGAAUAUAGACUGUAUCACUGCGAGGCGGAGCAAGUGGCCGUCUGCCAGUACUGCUGCUUCUCCAGGUGUGCCGCCAGCCACGGCCACGCAGUUUGCGACGUGGAGGUUCGGCGCAACGACAUCAGGCAAAUGCUGAUGAAGCAGCAGGACCAGAUCGAGGAGAGGGUGCAAGACAUCGAGGAGCAGCUGUACAAGCUGGAGUCAGACAAGUGUCUGGUGGAGGACAAGGUACAGCAGCUAAAGGAAGAGGUGCGGGCGCAGUACCAGAAGGUGCACCAGCUCCUGGAGGAGGACCUGGGCCGGACGCUGGAGGUGCUGGACAAGGCCCGCUCCAAGUUCUGCCAGGAGAACGCCUCCCAGGCCCUGCAGCUCAACGAGCGGCGGCAGGAGGCCCAGAAGCUGCUUAGCUCCGUCCAGGUGGUGUUCGACAAGGCCGAAGACAUCAACUUCAUGAAGAACACGAAAUCCGUGAAAAUAUUAAUGGACAGGUCCCAGUCCUGCGUCGGCAGUGCGCUUCCCCCUCACAAAGUGGGUCACCUCAACUCCAAACUCUUCCUGUCGGAGAUUUCCAAGAGAGAGAAGAGCCUGCGGAAAAUGCUGGAAGCUCCCUUCAGCGCUCCCGCCAACUUCCUCCAGAGCGUCCCGGCGUACCCCUGCAGCCUGAGCAGCUCGGGGGCGGAGAAGCGCCGCCACUCGGCUGCCUUCCAGGACAGUGGCGGCGCCGGCGGCUUCCUGGAGCCGUCCGCAGGGGGCGGGGCCAAGCAGCAGUACCUGGGCCAGGGGGCGGCACCGGGCGAGGGCCAGUCCUCGCAGCCCAUGGCGCCCUGCGGCUCAGCCCAGCACAUGGUGGGGGCGCCCUCGGCCCCGCACCCGGGGCCCGUCUUCCCGCCCUCGCACUACCCCAACGGCGGCUCCUCCCAGCAGGCUGUGCUGCCUCAGUAUGGCGGCCGCAAGAUCCUCAUGUGCACGGUGGACAACUGCUACUGCUCCGGGGUGCCCUCCGUGUCCAACCACCGGGGCCACCCCCCGUACCCGCGCUCAGGCUCCUUCCCCUGGACGGUCAGCUCGCAGGAGUACCCCCACCCCCUGCCCUCCACGCCCUCCAUGCCGCAGUCCCUCCAGGGCCUCUCCGUUCGGGACUGGAUGGACGCCUCGCAGCCACACAGGCACCCUGACUUCUACGGGCUGUACGGCCAAUCUUCCACCAAACACUACGUCACCAGUUAACCUUUCAGCAGCGCUGGCCAAUCGGAAGAAACUGGGCGUAAUUUUUUUUUUUUGUUCUGUUUUAUUUUGUUUCAGAAGCCUCUUCAAAGAAAGGGUGCACGCACGCGUACACACACGCACACUUGGUUGUCAGCGUAGUGUGUGAACGUGAGUGCGUUUCCACCACAGUUUUUAAAUUUUUUUAUUUUCUCACCUUUCCCCCUUUUCUUUGUCAAGCCGAAAACCCAUUUGUCCUCCCGCCUGAGAUCUUCCAUCAUUUACAUUUUAAUCUUCUUAACCCCCCCCCCCUCCAAAAAAAAACCCUCCACUUCAGUUUGUUUUAAAAAGGGAAACCAGAGAGAGUUUCAACGGUUGCACAUUCUGUCAGCCUACAGCAGGUCAUUUUAUUUGGGGAAUGGGUUGGUUUCAUUUCCUCUGACCCCACCCCACCCCCCCUUGUCCAUGGCUUUAUGAACGAGGGUGGAGGUCCCUUUUUUUUAAAUGAAGCAGCUUUUUUCCAAGUUGGACGUUUUUAAAAUUUGGGAUCAUGCUCUGAUUUUAAGUGUUUAUAUUCUGGCUCCGGUCAUUAUUUUUAUUUUAAAAAGCUGUGGGUUCUUUGUCUUCUCGGUGAUACGUUUUAGGAGGCCGUUGCUUAAAAAAAUGUCCUUGCAGAUUUUUUUUUUUUUUUUUUUUGCCACAGGCAUCCUUCUGUUGGUGGGUGGUCUGGUUCAAUGCAGUUGGGGGGCUGGGAAUUCCAGGCCUCGACCAGUUAACCGACAUUACCCCACCCAGCAGGAAAAGGAUCUGCUCCCAGGAAAGCCCAAGAGAAAUGCUGCUGGUCUUUUCUGAAGCGAUUUGGUUAUUUUGCUAUGAUUGUUGAAGAAAGGGGAAAAAAGAAUGCUCCUUUAUUUUAUUUUACAAAAUAACCAUGAAGAGAAUCCCAACAGUGCGGAUUGAAAAAAAAAUCUUCAAAGGUUUUAAAUUAAUCACAAAGGCUCUUCAAUACAAAAAAAGACUGGAUUGUGGUAGAAGCAGUCUGCAUUGAAUGCAAAGAGCCGCCUCAUGGACUACACAGAAAUACAAGAAAUAAAAAAGAACUGCUUCGGCAUCUGAGACGGAUGCUUUCAUCGUACUUCCUGCAGAUUGAUGUCACUUCCUGCACCAAGCACAUGAGCUCUCAACUUCCUGUUUGUAGCUGUAAGCAUGUGGGAAAGAGUUUAUGAGCACUCAAAACUGCAAGCAGUUAAAAAGGGGUGUAUGUCAUGUGGGGAGGAGGGGGGAAGUGGGUGAAGCUUUUUCAUGAAUUUUAUAUAAAAAAUAGACUGAGACUGCUCAAAACUUAUGUUAAAAAUGGUCAAUGUGCUUAAA